AACAUUUCCUUCUUACAACAUUAACCAAGUAGAAACAGGGUGAAACCGAGAGACGGUCGGAGGCAGAUACUGUGUGAGAGCAACACUAGCUAAACGUUAGCCAUGAGUGGGAUUUCUGCUUCUGCCUCAGCUUCCCCACCAUCUCAUUGCUUCUACAAUCUUCAAUCUAAAAUCCAAACCAAGCAAGAGCUUAGCUUUGUUAAUCCUCCUCUUAUCUCACGUUCUUCAUCAUCAUCAUCAUCGCAUAUAAAGCUUAAAACCCAUCUGGGUCUGAGGUUUGAAACAGCUUUGAGAGGCUGUCAUAAAAUCAAUGUACGAUGCAGUAGCAGCAGUGGACCUGGUGGCCCUGGUUCUGCUUCUGGUGACAGUGAUAGCAGGAGUGUUCUGGAUGCAUUUUUCUUGGGAAAGGCUGUAGCAGAAGCACUUAAUGAGCGUGUUGAAUCUGCAGUUGGGGAGUUUUUAAGUACAAUUGGCAGGCUCCAAGCAGAGCAACAAAAGCAAAUACAGGACUUCCAGGAAGAUGUGUUGGGAAGGGCUAAAAAAGCCAAAGAGCAAGCAGCUCGCGAAGCCAUGGAAGGGCAAGGAAUCAUUCCCAAGCCUACUACAGUAGAAACAACAUCGGUCAACCAAGGUGUUAGCCAAACACCUUCACCAUCUACAGCCAACGCUGUCAAGACAGAUUCAAAUCCUGCCACCAAGGGCCCUGUUUUAGGGGUGUCAAGUGAUGACUGAGCAUCUAUCUCUGUGUUCUAUGUGUGUUGAGUGUUAAUACAUUUCCAUGCGAUUAAUGGGUUGUCUCUCAGCAUGGCAUACAUGUUGCUAAUUAGUUAGUUGCUAAACGUUUAGUACUACAGAACCUGUUCAAAUGGACUGCAAUGCUUCCAAGAAUCAUUACCACCAUCACCAUAAGAUCUAGUGACCAGUUGUUGUCGUUUAGGAAUUAGGAAAUCUUGCAUGCUCUGAUGAUUGCGUUGUCAAACAUCAAGCUCCCGAAUGAAGCUGUGUUUUAAUAAUUCGACACUUUGAAUGUAAUACUUACAAGUUUAUAAACUCAAUAUCCUAUUUGAUAAA